AUGCUGGUUGCGACCUCCCAUUCUGCCGAAGUCUCCAAACUGAAGCAGAGUCUGGAGCAGGCCGAUCAAGAGCUCGACCGUGUGAAAACACAACUGGAGGACAAGCAAGGAGCUGCGGCCGAGGUGGAGUCCCUCAAGAACGCGCUGACCGAGGCCCAGAAGAAAGCGGAGAAGGAACAAGCCGCCCGCAAAAAGCACGAGUCAAGGGUCGGGGAGGUUCAGCAGGAUCUCAAGGACGCCAUAAACAAAUGCGAGUCCUUGGAGCGCAAAAUUGCGGACCAAGAGUCCAAACUUGAUAUAGCCCGCCAAAGCGCGUCGAUGCUGGUUGCGACCUCCCAUUCUGCCGAAGUCUCCAAACUGAAGCAGAGUCUGGAGCAGGCCGAUCAAGAGCUCGACCGUGUGAAAACACAACUGGAGGACAAGCAAGGAGCUGCGGCCGAGGUGGAGUCCCUCAAGAACGCGCUGACCGAGGCCCAGAAGAAAGCGGAGAAGGAACAAGCCGCCCGCAAAAAGCACGAGUCAAGGGUCGGGGAGGUUCAGCAGGAUCUCAAGGACGCCAUAAACAAAUGCGAGUCCUUGGAGCGCAAAAUUGCGGACCAAGAGUCCAAACUUGAUAUAGCCCGCCAAAGCGUACAAGAGGCCCGGGUUGAAGCCCGACGCUCUUCGGGAAAUCCAGGCUCCUGA